AUGGCGGAGACGGCGGACAUGGAGCGGAUCUUCAAGCGGUUCGACACCAACGGCGACGGCAAGAUCUCGCUGUCGGAGCUGACGGAUGCGCUGCGGCAGCUGGGGUCCACCUCCGCCGACGAGGUGCAGCGCAUGAUGGCCGAGAUCGACACCGACGGCGACGGCUGCAUCGACUUCAACGAGUUCAUCACCUUCUGCAACGCCAACCCGGGGCUCAUGAAGGACGUCGCCAAGGUCUUCUGA